AUACAUUCCGCGAGGAGAAAAAAUUUACACGGCUUUUCCCUUUCAUAAUUCGAUAGGCAGUAAGGAGUCUUAAAUGAUCACGCGAGAUUGUUUUAUACGGUCAACCGGCCAUGGAAAAGUGAUUGGAGACGACGCACGCGAUCGCCACACGCGAUCGGCGAAGAAACGGGUGUCAUUAGGACGUCAGUUGUCGGUGCUGCCUGCCCGCGGGUCUACGCGCCCGCUAAAAAUACCGUAAUGCGAGCGAGCGAGCGAGCGGGCGACCGAUCGAGAGUGUAUCGGGAACGGAGCGACGCACGUGCGCGCCUCGUCGUCGCGAGUAACUCGCCGCUGCCAAUCAACGGACGCAAAUAAUUACUUUCACCUCCACCACCCCGGACGAUGUGUCGCCCCGUCGUCCGCGCACACCCUCGUCAACGGCGUGUAUCUAUAUCCGCUGUACAUAGGCCGUUACGAAAAAUAACUCUGGCCGCUAAUCGAGCGCCGGCCGAUCGUUCACCUUUUAGACAGACGAGAUCGAAUCAGAGGAAAUAGCGACGCAAGCUCGAAGAUUGUCAAAUUUAAAAGCAAGACGCACAUGUGUCGAUGAAUUUAUUUUGAGAACAGGAUAAGAAGAAACGGAGGCUUUGCUUUUCAUCCUGCGAUUCUUUUUUAUAAUUGUUUCUCCAAAUUUCGGCGAUUUGUUACAAUUUUAUGGGCGGAACGGUUAUGUAUCGUCCUCAAUUAAAUUCCGUCUAAUUGCGAUUAGGAGGUCUACGAUUAUCAGCGAGCGCGUCGAUGAUGUUUUUCUGCGCGACAAAUAACACGACGGUGUAAUUUAUUUGGACUAUCGCAGCAUUAGCCGGAGUGCAGCAGCUGCUGCGAAAACAAAACUUUGUUUACGCGAAAGAGACACCUGCCACCUGCGACGCCUCCUUGGAACACAGUCUUCCAUGACGGAGAUACGACACUCUUCCAAGAAAAAACGCAUCGAUGCGCGAAAACGGACCACCGGCCGGCUGCCCUCUGCGAGAUUCGCGUCAACCAGCGAGUCUCGCUACCUCCGGCAAUCAGAGCAGAGAUACUCUCGCGAGGGAGGAAAUUGCGAGCCCGCGGGCAUGAAUGCAACAAGUUCUAAAAUAUGCAGACGGCAUCGCGCGCUGUGUCCACACCGGAGAACGCAUCCCGCUUUCAAUGCGCGCUGCAAGCUACAAAGAGACCUCGGCCUCGAGUCCUUUGAAAGCGCAAUAUUCAUUCGUCGCCGUUUCAUCCGAGUGUCCCAGAAAAGCUGCACGGCGCGGUGACGUUUUCCAUCAAAUUCCGGGACGAGAUCUCUUAAAUAUUCAGACAAACGCGGGCAAAAUGGUCGUCGGAGAAGCGAGUAUACACAAUAUAAUGGGGGGGAUGGAGAGCACGGGUGGUGUGCGCCUUCACAAUCACAAGCGGAAACUGAAACAAAGAUUUGACAUCAUAAAAAAAUUAGGACAAGGCACUUACGGGAAGGUGCAGCUAGGAAUAAACAAGGAAACCGGUCAGGAGGUGGCGAUAAAGACAAUUAAGAAGUGCAAGAUAGAAACGGAGGCCGAUCUGAUCAGAAUACGAAGAGAAAUACAGAUUAUGUCGAGUGUUCAGCAUCCGAACAUCAUUCACAUUUACGAGGUAUUCGAAAACCGGGAGAAGAUGGUGCUAGUGAUGGAGUACGCGGCCGGGGGCGAGUUGUACGAUUACCUGAGCGAGCGCAAAGUUCUGAGCGAGCAGGAGGCGCGGAGGAUAUUCCGACAGAUUGCCACCGCCGUUUUCUAUUGCCACAAGCACAAGAUCUGCCACAGGGACCUGAAGCUCGAGAACAUUCUGCUCGACCAAGUCGGCAACGCCAAAAUAGCCGACUUCGGUCUCUCGAACGUGUUCGACGAGCAGAGAUUGUUGAACACGUUCUGCGGCAGCCCGCUGUACGCGAGUCCGGAGAUAGUGAAGGGGACGCCUUAUCACGGCCCGGAAGUCGACUGCUGGAGUCUCGGCGUUCUCCUCUACACGCUGGUUUACGGUGCUAUGCCCUUCGAUGGGUCUAACUUUAAACGACUAGUCAAACAGAUCUCACAGUCAGAUUACUUUGAGCCCAAAAAGCCAUCUCCCGCAUCGCCGCUUAUAAAGGAGAUGCUGACGGUGUGUCCCGGCCGACGCGCCGACAUCGAGAGAAUCUGCACUCACUGGUGGGUAAACGAGGGCUACGAGCAGAAUUGUCUCGAUAUCGCCGAGGAACUGGCGGCUCAGACGCCCGUCCGAUUGGAUUUGUUGCUGUCGCUGGUGCCACAGUCGGCCAGCGCUGAGAAACUGCUGGUGGGCGAUCAACAGGCGAGCGGAGAUGUCGCGAACAGCAUGUCUUCCGAAACGUUAGUGCCAACCAGGUGCCACUCGGUCGGCAGCUUGAUGGAGCUCGAUCAGAACAGCUCCGACAGAAGGAUAAGAGAAUUGUUCGACGAGGAAUCGAGGUCUUCCGCGGUCGGAGACGCUAAGAGGAAGCUGGAGACAACGCCGUCGAUGGACGAAACCACGGCGGCGGGCGUGAAGAGGAAAGAGAGAUCCAGGAGGAAAGAGAAGUCGGAUGAGCGAGAGCCCAGAACGUACAGGUCUUCGUCGAGGCAUCAUUCGGCUCCGAUUCCAAACCCCAUAUCGGAAGAGGCGAUGGAAGUGGAGCCUGCAGCUGUGGCAACUGUUCCUACGAGUAAGACUGCCGAGAUUGACAAAGCGGAAGGCGCAGCGGCGUGUUUGGAGCUGAUCGAAGAGUCGAAAGAGAGAUCGCAGAGCAAGGAGAGGAGCAAGACUCCGCUGGCGAGCGAAUGCGAGCGGUCGCACGAGCCGAUGUCCGCUGAGAGCGUUCAGCAGAGCUGCGAGAUUGAUCGAACGGCGAGUAACAAGGAAGACAAGUGCGCCAAGUCACCUAGCAAGAACUUGUGCGAAGACGCAGGUGCUACUUUGGAUAGCGCGAGUGAAGUGGCGAGCGAGACGGUGUUGGGCGGAAAGUCGGACGCCGUGGAAUCAAAAGUGCCAAAUGAGAACGACACGAGUGUUAGGAACGAAGCGUACUUAUCGUCGCAAGAUGCAGAACAGUCGGAGCCAACGGAAAGCGACUUCAAGAAGCUCAAAGAGAAAGCGCUCUCCUUUGAUUCCGAGCUGUCGAAUGAGGCGGCGAGUGCGCCCGCCAAGCCCGUCGAGAGACGGCGCUCGAAGAUAUUCGAGACCGCCGAGAAGUUCAAUCAACUGACGUCGCCCGCGGAGAGCGAGAAGCCUAAGAAGAUAUUUAUUCCCGGCGUGAACGUGGGAGGCGCGAAGCGGGCGUUCGAGCGGAAAGCUAGCCUCUCGUCCGUAACCUCGCCGCCGCCUGUGAAGACCAGCGCGUCCAAAGUCAUCAUCGAUGUGCCAACGGAUAGGAAGAGCGACAAGGACGAGCAGAGGCAGGCGGCGGGAGGCCAGGAUGUCGCGGCCGCCGAAGAUAAAUUGGACAAGCGGGACGAGGCGAAGAAGCGCGCCGUCGACAUCAUCAGCGGCGCGAUCGGCAAGCCGCCGAUGCAAAGAAAACUGAACGGCUCGCCGCCGAUAUCGCCGCAGAGCUCGGACUCCAAGAAGCUCGGGCUGAAGAUUCAGGUAGCGCCGAACGACGUACGGCCGGCCACAGUGUCGGUCUCCACGCCGGUCGACACGAGAUACGCUUUUGACGCUAAAUCGGCAGCACCGGAAGCGAUUAUAUCUAGUACGUCCGACACGGCUGGCACGGAAAAUUCGCAAUCGGAAGAACCUAAGAUGUCGAGCAAGAUGGAAAUCACGUUGAAGAGCGCAACGCUGCCCAGACGAAAGACGAGCAAGGCCGAGAUCACGCUGGCCGGAGUCAAGCCGUCGGAGACUGUGGCGUUCAAGUCUGAGGUGGAGGCCAAGAUCGACGCUUUUCAUCCACAGAAGCUUCGCACGCAGAGAUCGGAGGUGGCAUUCCCGGUCGCUGCGGCGGUGCCGCAUACGAGUAGGAGCUCCAGCUUGGAACCGGAAGGCAGAUCCAAGGUCGCACCGCCGAGGGAGAGAAUUAUACCCAUUCAAGUGGAGGCAGGAGUUGAACCCAAGCAGCACUCGUCGACCCCGCCNNNNAAACCGCCGAUGCCGCAAAGAUCGAUGUCUCAGCGAUCGGGCUCUCUGUCGCGCCAGUCAACCGCCGAUUCGGACACAGACAGCGCUCUCGGCUCGACCGUAGGACCGGAACCGAUUAGGAAGAGCCCUAGAGAGUACAUAAUUCCUAUCGCGGUGGAGGGCGGCGGUUACGUUACUCCCAGAUCGGGUAGUCUGGAGCCGGAAAGCAAGACCAGCACGCCGACAAGCGCGAAUCCACCGAGAUCGCGGUUCGGUAGACCGAGGAGAAUGAGUUCGCUUUUAUCGGAUGCCAGCGAGGACGAGUCUCCUUUCUCCUCGUUACACGGCGAGGAUCUGUUGCAAAGGCACAUGCACCGGUUGAGAAGCUCGCGGCCGUCCAGACAGCCGUCCGAGCACGCUGACAGCCUGUCGUCCGGCGAGGACGACGAUGACGACGGCUUUGAAUUACUAACAGCCGAGAACUUGUUCUCGACACUGCUGUCGAGAGUGCGAAGUCUCACGCAGCGGCUCAACGUCGACGAUAAUCGAGCCGGCGGUUUUCCGAGCAGUAGACUGUUCGGCAGGCUCAGCUCCCAGCCGUCGCAAGCGUUUUGGGGCCUCAAUAAGCCGUUGUCCAGCUACGAGAGCUAUGUCGAAACACGGACCGUGACUACGCGGCUCUCGGAAUCGCAGUUCAAACAUUCUCUGAGCCGCGACGCGGACGUGUUCUCCAAGCGGGACUCCGCCAGCACCUCGAAUCCAGGAACGCCCAACAGUCCCGGAUCGCGCAGCACACCUUCCCGGGACAGCGUCUUCGAGAUCGGCAGCAAUACAUUGCCAAGAGAUAAAGUAGACCGAGUGCACGAGGAGGCGGGCGUAGAAGCGGAGACGACGCCGCAGAUCAGGCGGGAAUCACUGGAGCAGAGUUUCACUCCUAGCCUGGCGCGUCGGCUGAGCAGGCAGUUCAUCGAGCAGACCCGCCAGUCGCUACCGCGCUCGCCGUCGACGUCGCGGGACACCGGCAGGUACUAUCAGUCGCCGACGCGGGAAACGCUGAGUCUGGGCGAGCUCGCGAAGCUGGCGUCCGAUCAGAGCGAGUGCAGAGGCCGGUCGCUCGAUCGAGGUAUCAGAAGAGCCAGCAGCCUGCUGGAGGCGUCGAGCAGAUUCGACAGAUCGGACGUGCGUUCGCCGCGCCGGAGCAUCAGUCUGUUCGACGACGACGACGACGUCGACGACAGAUCGCUGCCGCCGCUGCGGCACAUAAUGACGCUCGGCCGGAAGUACAAGGAGUCGGGCAGACCGAGCGUUGCGGCGAGGCGGGAGAAUUUUUACGGUUAUAGAACGGACAAGAUCCAGGAGGAGCCCGGCGACGACGCGUAUCUGUCCGGCUGCAGGGAGGACGGCAUCGUGGAGAACGGCUCCGCAUCGGAGAGCGCGUCGCUAUCCGUGUGCAACUCGAACGCCAAUCUGAUGGACACCAACACCACCACGUCGAGCGUGUCGGCCAACAGAUCUGACGAGACCACGCCGACGGAGGAGUCCUCGUCGAAUCUCGGCGACUACGCUGGCAAGCCGAAUGGCGCCGGUAGCUUUGAGAGCCGGCUCCUAGCGGCGGAGAAUCUCAUCAAGGAGUCGAAGCUGAAGAACCUCACGCCGCAGCGCUUCAACCCGAACCUCAGCUGCAAUUACAAGGACACGGACAAGUGCGACAAGGAGGCGCUGAUCACAGCGGAUCCGGCAGCUGGAGGCAAGAGACGCAGCUGCAUCCCGAGUCUCAGACUGCGCUCAGGCUCGCUGACGAGGGAGCCGAGCACGAGCGUGGACCGCAGGAAGUCGUUCGCCGGCACGCAGGACACGCUGAUCGGCAGCGCCAGUCAGGAACGCUCGAUACUGAGCAAGUUCUUCCGAAGCAGUGGCAAGGAAUCGGAAUCGAAGGACAGCAACAAGAGCCAGAAGCCGAAGCAGCAUCGCAUCUCGCGCUUCCUGCGCCCGGACUUCUUCGACACACCGCGCGAGGAGAGCCAGUACGUGAAGGAGAAGGAGGCGCAGAAGGCGGCGGAGAACGAGCGGCGGAAGUCGCGUUUUAUGCGACGGAAGAGCGAGAGCAAGGGCGAGCGCAAGGAGGACGAAAAGAUCUGCAAGGAGCAGAAGAACGAGAUAAAUGCGCUGCAGAAGGACAAAUUGGACAGCGCCGUCGCCGCCUCUUCCUCUUCGGACUCCAAGAACGAGGAGAGGGUCGAGCGGCAAGGCUCGAAGAGCAGCUUUCUGCAUUCUCUGGAGAAGAAGCUGGAGCGAUUGCGCGCCGGUGACAACGAGACGACGACUGGCCUCGCGAAGACAACGAUGAACGGCGCUCCGGGCGAGCGAAAGGAGCGUGCUGCGCGCGAGUGCUCGGCACCGCCAGUAGAGUGUCCUGUGGAGUCGUCCGCUCGGGCCGAGGUGAAGCGCACGCUCAGCGUGGAGAGCGUGCCGUCGUUAAAGAACAACAAGGACGCCAAGAGCGCACCGGCCAAGAGCCGGGUAACGUCGAUGUUAGGGCUGUUUCGGACGAGCGCGGACGCGAAGCAGAACGGCAACGGCCGCACGCAGAGCGCGAUCAUGAGCAAGCUAAAGAGGAGUCCGCCCAAGUGCGCCAAGCCGGCUGUCGAGGAGGAGGACGCCGCGACGAGCAGAAUACCGACCAAGUUUGCUCGAGGUGACAAUAUCAAAUCAACGAGGAAGACGCCGGAGGGCAAAAGAUCGCCGGAGAAGACGGUGAGCGAGUGCAAGAGAUCGCCGCCGAAGGAGAAAUUGAAGGAAUCGACCGUUAAAGAUAGGAAACCUUUACUGGAAAAGCAAUCGAGAGAUGUUAAGAGAGCGCCGGAGAAAGUCGCGCAGUCGGACUCGUCGACUUCGUCGGAUAAAACGAAACUCGAGAAAUCGGAGCCGUCGCGCAAAUUGCCAGACGAGUCGGAGUCGCAGCCAAAAAUUGUCGACAAUAAGCACGCGGAGUUUAUCGUCAGUAGCGAAGACAAAAAACUUCUGAAAACCAAGAAGAACAUAAGUUCUCUGAGCAAGAAUGAGUCCGUUGCGAGAAUCGACAAAGGCGAGGACGAUAAGAAAACGAAGAAGCUGGUGAAGUCGAAGGAGAGUGCGAGCAAGGACGAAGUCGACGGCGCUAAGAAGAAGAAGAUUGUGCGCGUGGUGAAAAGAGUGGUGAAGAAGUCGUCCGACAGCUCCGAGAGUAAAUCCGACGAGAAGGAGAAAGCAUCGAAACCGUUGAUAAAGAAAAGAAUCGUCAUCACGAAAAAGGAGAAGAGUCCUGAAGGAACAAAUGCCGCUGCGCAGAUUGCGAAGGGAAACAAUCCCGACGAUCAGAAUACCGUGAAAUCGUCGAAGCAAAUGGAAUCAGACGUUCGAGAAACGCCAUCCGCGAAGCCUGGCGAUAUCGAAGAGCCUGCGCGAACAUCGAAAACUGAUGUUACCGCAACUCGCACGACGCAGAGCAGCUCCGAGGCGAACGUGCUGUCCACCGAUUUCUCGCAAUCCGUAUUUCAGAACGCUUCAACUUCUCAGAACGCGUCAGGCUGCAGUAAACAAUCGGCGGAGCAGCAGCGACCGAGCAGGACGGGUUUGAAGCUUGAUCUGUCCAAGAUACCGCAACACACGUUUAGACACGCGACUCCCAAGAGAGAUUCGCCCAAGUCCGGCUCGCCGAAAGUGAACGCCGGAUCGCCCAAGACGGACGUUCCCGCGACGGAGAGCGACGCCGACAAGCUGAUGGAGUGUCUGUCGAAGAUGACGCAUCACGCGAACAUCACCGGCAACAAGAUCAUCAUCGAUAAGCCGCUGCGAGCGAAGGACGUCGCCGAGCUGAAGCGAGAGGUCACCGAGUGCGCCAGGAUCAUUGAGAACCACAUCGAGUCGCGAUACGAUCAUUCCAGUCCGCGGGACGAGAUUGUCGAUUCGGCCGGACCGGAAGAGGCUCAGAAGCCGAAAGAGAUUACGCCAGAACCUGCCAAAGAAAUCAACGAUACGAACAACGCCAAGGUGGUGCCGGAAGAUUGCACCAGCGAGAUAUUCUCGCCCGAGGAACCAGAAAGCUUCGACUCCUGGUCGAUUUGCUCGGCGGACUUAAAUCACAAUCGCGGCGACCUGCAUUCGCCCACAUCGCCCUCGUAUUAUCUAUUCGCGCGCGGUGACAGCUCGGAGUCGGUGAUAGAUCGUAUACGAAGGCGCAGCUUCUAUUCGAGAUUCAACGACCGCAAGCGGCCGUCCCUGACAGCACCGCCGCCGGGGAUAAGCAGCGUCACUUUGCCCAGGCGGUUCAGCUUGAAUAGCACGAGGGAGAGAGAACGCAGUAGAUUGUACAACUACGGUGUUCACCGAACGAGAUCUGACAAGAAUUACAGUUUGCUCGGCGACGAAGUGUCCUGCAGGAAGUCGCCGGUCGAUCGAGAAAAGUAUAGCGAUACGCUGAACACGUCGUCGUACGGCCAUCACAGUCCGGAAGCGAGGUCCUUGUAUGAUCAUUACGGCAGCAGCGUGCCGUCCUCCUCGCACGAUUCUCUGAGGAGGUACAUGAGAUCGCCGACGUUGGACCUCGCUGGCGCGCGCGCCAAGUAUCACAGCACGGACAUCAUCGCGGACAACGAUCUCACGGUGUCCUACAAGAGUCCCCUGUCGAGAUCGUCUCUGAACGACGCCGCGACGGAUUCCUACUGCGGCAGGAUCGCGUCGGCCACUCUGCCGAGGAAGUAUGGCUCCACCGUCGGCGGUCUGGCGCCGAAAAGCGUGGAAUACUACGAGGAAAUCCUGUCGCCGAGCAACGCCGACUACUUGUCGCCGCGCGAGACUUGCCGCUCGCCGUUGCUGGACGGCUAUCUAAGCAGAUGCGAGAAUGGAUAUCAUAACGGCAACUUAGAUCUACCGCAGUUUGGCACUGACAAGCAGAGAUCCUAUGCGGAUAAGAUGUCGAGUGCGGAGCUCGGCGAAGGGCACAGCAGACUGCUCGGUGAACAGAAAAGAAACAUAAUGCCACGUUUCAGCGAGACGAGGGAUUUAUCGUCGACAGCUGCGGAUAUUCUGUCGAAUAUAUCUGUGACCGAGCAGAACUGAUGCAACUUAAACGGAAGAUAAUUUUGUAAAGAUAGCCGAACGCGUUUUACUAUUAUAUAACGCGCGAUUUUAUAUUACAGAUUUACAAUAUUUAAUGAAUCGCAAUCAAAAAAAGUGCCUCGCGCUUCUUUAUCACGAUGAUGAAAUCGUCGCGAUGGCAGUAAGGGCGAAACGAAGAACGCUAUUAGACAUCGAAUGUAUCAUUCUACUAAAGUAUACGCUUGAAAUUUUAGAAUUACUAUUUUAGGUACAUCGUAAUCCUUUCCGAACCAGCGAUUGCUGAAUAUCAUUUAUAAAUUUGUUUUUACAAGAAAUGGCGAUUUUAGAUUUUUUUUUAAUUUGUGGAUCGGAAAGGAUU